GUAAAGUGUCGUAUUUACUUGCAUUUGUUUGUUUAUAAUAAUGUUAUAUUAUUAUCACAUAAAAAUCUACUAACAAUUGUCUUUGAAUGCAAAAAUAAUUAAAAUAUUUAAAAAAUAUAAAAGAAAAAUGAAUGAAAAUAAAGAAGAUGAGCAAAACAAAAGUGUCUCACUUGAGUUUGAAAGAAAAAAUGUAAAUUUAAAAAAUACAAAUGAUAAUGAGACAGUUGAAGAGUUUGAUACAGAUGAUGAUGAGGAAAACAGUGAAGUAGAUGAUAAAAAAAAAAUGUUAGACAAUUCAAAUGAUUAUUCUAAGCAUUUAACAUACGAAGGUGAUCUUUGUAUUUACAAUGAUCCAGUAACUAAAAAGCAAAUGACAUGGGAUGUCAAAAGUAAUGCAUGGAUACCACGAGAAACAGAACCAAGUACAUCAAAUGAUUCAAUGAAAAAUUAUGAAUUUGAUGGUGAAAAUUAUAUUUAUACUGAUACAGCAAGUAAUGUAACCUAUAAAUUUGAUCAAAAAGAAAACAAGUGGCUUGUAAAGGAUAAUGUUGAUGAUAAUAUAAAUACAUCAGAGCAAAGUGAAAGGUCCAGUGAAUCUAUGGUUAAUCCUGUUGGUAUUUAUGGCUUUGAAAAUGAUACACACACUUACACAGAUCCAAAUGAUGGUUCUGUUUCUUUUUGGGAUCGUGAGAAAAAAGCUUGGUUCCCAAAGAUUGAUGAUGAUUUUAUGGCAAAAUAUCAGAUGAGUUAUGGCCAUUGGGUUGAGCCAAGUACUACUAACAAUUCAAAAGUUGAAAUAAAAACUAAAGCUGAUAUUAAAGAAAUAAAAGAACAAAAAAAAGCUGAAGCUAAAAGAAAAGCAGCUGAACCACCAACAUGGUUUGAAAUUGAUGAAGCACAUAAUACUGCAAUUUAUAUAUCUGGUUUACCAGUUGAUAUUACAAUUGAUGAACUUGUUGAAAUUGUUACCAAGUAUGGUAUGCUUUUACGUGAUGAUAAAAAUAAACCAAAAUUAAAAUUAUACAUGGAUGCUGAUGGACAACCAAAAGGUGAUGCUCUCUGCACUUAUAUCAAGGUUGAGUCAGUGAAUCUUGCUUUAGAUGUGCUGAAUGGUUCACAGCUACGUGGUAAAACAAUUUCUGUUGAACGCGCCAAAUUCCAAAUGAAAGGCCAAUUUGAUCCAGCUCUCAAACCAAAACGAAAGAAAAAUUACAAAGAACGACAAAAAAAAAUUCACGAAAAAUUAUUAGGUUGGCAACCAGAUCGUUUACCAAAUGAGCCACUGAAAAAUGAACGAAUUGUUAUUAUCAAAAAUUUAUUUGCUCCAACGGACUUUGAUAAAGAUGUUCAGCUUUUACUUGAAUAUCAACAAGACAUUCGAUCAGAGUGUGUCAAAUGUGGUGAAGUUAAAAAAGUUACACUUUACGAUAGACAUCCAGAAGGUGUUGCUCAGGUUACUUUCCGUGAACCUACUGAAGCACAAACUUGCAUUCAACUUUUAAACGGUCGCUGGUUUGGUCAAAGACAGAUAACUGCUGAAAUAUGGGAUGGAAAAACAAAAUACAAAAUUAAUGAAACUGAAGCUGAAAUUGAAGCAAGAAUUGACAAAUGGGAGGAAUAUUUAGAUGAUGGUGAUGAUAAAAAAAGUGGUGAAGUUAAAGCAGAAACAUCAAAAUCUGAAAAAAAUGUAAAAGAAUAAAUUCAUUUAUAUGUUAAAGAAAUUAUACACGGUUUAGCCUAUUUUUUAUUUAUCAUGAAAUAGUAAAUUAUGAGACAAGUAGAUGAUGUCUAUCGUGUUUUAGUUUGUCUGAGGUACCUAUGAUAAGUAUUUGUUUGAGGUUUUAGUACAAAUACGACUCAACUUAGACAUCAUUCACUGCCUUAGAAGCAUAAACUUCAAAGGCAUACCUCACAAUAUUUUUUAUGGCGAGACACAAUCUUUUUUUGAUGUUGAAUUCAGUUGAUAUAAAAGAUGCUUUUAAAAUUUCAACAAAACUGUCAUUCGUUGAACUUA